GGCGAGCUGGGCGAGCGCUGGAAGAUUCCAGAGGCCAGAAGACGACGGGCCCUCGCUUUGUCUCCCCAAGUCCUGCUCCGAGGAGGAAAUGGGCCGCCCGGCGCCCCCGCCCCCGGCCCGCCCCCCGCCCGCGGCCCCCGCCCCGCGGCCCGAGCCCCGCCCGCCCUUCCCAGCACCUCCCUCCGGCGCGCUCUUCCCAGCGCCUCCCGCUGCCGCCCAGCUUUCCCAGUUCUCCCUUUGGGGGCGAAUCCUCGGCCAAAGAGGCUGGCAAUGGCAGACCCGGACCCCUAAAAGGACCUCUCGCUCUCCGCCCUUCACCUCUGAGUUACUUCAUCCCAGGCUACUAGUAACCAAAGAUGGGAGUGACACCCCUCCCACCCCCGAGAGGAAGGAGGAACGCUCACUCCUGGAACAGCCCGCGAGCUGGGGAGAGCAGGAAAUGCAAACUCCUAGAAGACAGCAGCUGUGUUCCCUACAGCACCCAGCACAAUGCUCAUCCCCUAGGCAAUUAAUGUCUGUGGGUGAAUGUGUCCGCUGUAAUUCAAAGCACUAUGGAUUUGUGCUAGUUGGGAGUUGCUGACAAAAGGCAGUAGGACCAUGAAGGGAGAGAACAACCUUCAAGAGAAAGACCUUAACAAGGCAAUUUUUGUCCAGCCACAUCUCAUUCUAUGUCUAGCUUCAGAACCUUUGCUCCUAUGGCCUCUGCCUGGAGUGGCUAUGGCUUCCCUCCCCCUCCCCCACUGUACUUAGCUACCCUAGAACAUAGUAUUCAAUCAAUAAAUAUUUGAACUAACAAGAAAUAAAGGAUUAUGUUCCAUAACUUUGUAUAUUCAUCACUUCACUGAAGUACCAGUUACUUAGUUUGCAAGGUCCCAUGUUCAAAAAUUGCUAACAAUUACAAGAUCCCAACAUUGGAGCAUUAAACCAAGCAUGGGGCUUCCCAGGUGGCACAGUGGUAAAGAAUUUGCCUGCCAAUUCAGGAGACACAGAAAUGCA